AUGGUUCACUCCCUGAGCCCCUGCACCGACGGCAGCGCCUCCCCCUGCGGCGUGGCCGUGCCCCAGCCCGUGGCUGACUCCUGCAACGAGCCCUGUGUCCGGCAGUGCCCGGACUCCACGGUGGUCAUUUACCCUCCUCCCGUGGUUGUCACCUUCCCCGGGCCCAUCCUCAGCACCUUCCCGCAGCAGAGCGCCGUGGGCUCCGUGGGAGUCCCCGAAGUCGGAGCUGGCAUCGGAGCAGGCGUCGGAGCCGGUGUUGGAGCUGUCGUUGGAGGUGGUUUUGGUGCUGCCCGAACCCCUGGAGCUUCUCAAGUUUAUGGUGGGGCCAGAUGGGGCCGGGGGUACCCAGUGGGCAGCUGCAGACCCUGCUGCUAA